AUGCACUUCACAGCGAAGGUUGCUUGUGGAUCUGAUGCAGUAGCCCGCCUGAGAUUGCUCCUAUACGAUCGAGCAUCUCAACCUCUACUGAGGAAGCCCCACUCACUGCCUUCUCGUAGCAGAGGUGUUUUCCCACCAAAAAUCCCUUUACCCCGACCUGCGAUGAUGGCCACAGAUGAAGACAUAACCGAUGCCCCAGUUGAAGGUUUUUACAAAACCUCAGUCUCUCACGGAUUUCCACGAAUCGAGUCAAAGAAUCCGGUCGAUGUGAAACUGGGUCCGUACGAAACUGAAGUGUACAAUAUUGUUUCGAAUUACGAAGAUUUGCUUUUGUGUCGACGACAUCCAGAAGACCAAAAUAUGCGUCUCAUCUACUGUGCACACGCACUAAAUCAUUGUCUAAGGUCACGCAAGCUUAUUGUCAAGAAUAAUGAAAAAGAAAAACGGAUCGGUGUCUCUGAUGAAUUACGCGAUCAAGGUUUCCAUCGAGCCCGUGUGCUCAUUCUCACUCCGACCAAAGAGGCUGCUCGUCGUGUUGUGCACACGUUCCUUGCAUUGAUGCCGAAAGGAUCAACUGUCAGUCAUCGGAAACGGUUCGAGCGGGAUUUCGGACCACUGCCUGGGGAAACCGACAAGGAAAAACGACUUGGGCGUAAACCGAAAGAUUACGAAGAAUGGUUCAGUUGCAAUGUGAGCGACCACUUUCGUAUCGGAAUCGCGUUCGCUAAGAAGUCCGUUAAAUUGUACUCGGCUUUCGCGGAUUCCGAUCUGAUUUUGGCAUCUCCACUCGGUUUGCAGAGCAUCAUCGAAGAGGAGAAGUAA